CAAAACCAACAGUGAUAUGCCCGUGCUCAAAGCAGUACCUACCUAUUGUGUUAAAGGAGAAAUAAACAUAUCGACAUAUUAUUUUUGAAACGCCACUGUAUUUGUUUUACGUUGAACAAAGUUUUUUUUUUUUUUUUUAAUAUCACGUCGACGCGAAGUUUAAUUAUUUAGUUGUGUUGAACGCGUAAAUAAUUUAUUUAUCUACCCAUACAUUUUUUAAUACGUUCAAUUUGUCGAUUUUUUAUGCAAUAUUAAAAACCGCAGUGACUGAACAGAUGAAUACUUUAUGUAGAUACUAUCACAAAAUAUGAGGUAUAAUUAUUAUAUUAGAAAUUUACAAUUUAGUAAUAUUUAAAAAUCUUAAAAGACGUUAUCAUGGUGGCAUUUGCUGUUUCUACCUUUCUAACGUCUAACGGCCAAUACAGUAGCGAAAAUGUGUACAUAAAAUUUCAAAUACUCAGGCUCCAAUAUACUAAAAAACACACAAUUUUUCACAGAUUUACAGACGAAAAUAUUGACUAUAUUUUCACAGAGGAAUUUUUUUUUAAAAUUUUUAAUUAUAUUUAAAAUUUCUAUUAUGAAUAGAUUAUCUAGGAAUUAAAUACUAAAAUGCACUUUGUACAAAUAUGGUGUUUUCGUCUUUAAUAUAGUGAGGUCUAUUAGAAUCAGAAUUGGUAAGUAACAUACCAGUUAGCUUCAACGUCUAUAAAAGGCUAAAUAUGUGAAACUUUCAGGUUUCUACGAUUAUUGUUAACCGAAUUGCAAAAAAAAACAAAAUCGAAAAUAUUGAAGAACUUAUUUCUGUAAGAUGUCUCGUUUUUCUUAUUUUUUUAUUUUCCCAGUUUUUACUGGUUAUUGAGAAAAUUACAAAAAACGAACUCCUUCUUAUAAUACACCAACUAGACAAAAUAUUCUUUCAGAAAAAGAUACACUUGAAUUUCAGAACAAGAUUUCUGGUAGGAAAAUAAAAAAUCGAAAAUAAUCAAACUUUUACUACCGUACAUUUGACAGUUUUCCUAGUUUUCCCCAAAUGUUAUUAAUAUAGUUUAUUAAUCCCUCACGAAAAAAAAAAAUUAAUCUUGAAAUUUUAAAUAAAAACUAUUUUAUAACAUAUAGCUGAUAUUGUCAAAAAACCAGUCGAGAUUGAUUACAAUUCUUUGACAUCGCUAUUCGCUACACAAAUUACGUGUGAUUUGAUACGUAAUAUAAAUGUACCUUUGACAAAUUGGCAACGCUAUCAUAUUAUGUAUAAUAUACAUACUAUGUAAAAAUAAUUAAAUUACAGUUAGUUUUUACUUUUAAGUUAUGUUUAUACUCGAGUACGUGCUUAAAUCAGCGCUUGAAAUGAACUACAAUGGAAUUCCGAUUAACAUUUUCAUAAAGAAAAAAGUUUAUCAUCACUGUUCCAUAUACCAUAUAAACAUACUAUAUGUAUUAUAGUAUUAUGUAUUAUAUAUAUUUAAAAAAAAACUUAAAAAAAUAUUCGUUACGGUUCAGUGCAUUUUUCAUUUUUCAACUUUGGUAAAAUAGUAAAAAAAAAGUAACAUAUAGGGGUGGUAAGCUCUUCCCUUACAAGCAUAUCGUGAAGAUGGGCCCCAGGAAAUACAUAUGGUGCAACAUGGAUAGUUACACGAGUUACGAUAUUUACAAUUAGUUGGUUGGUAACAUUUUCAAUAUUAAUUACUGAAAAAUAUAUAAUACCUAUUAUAAAUUUAUGAUUAAUCAUUUUUCGUUUAGGCACCUAAAAUUUAAAAAUAAACUGUAAUAUUAUAAAUAAAUACAUUUUUUUCCUAUUACGUUGUAAAUGUUGUUUUAAUAGCAUAAAUAUAAAAGUAAAAUUCAUGUAAAUGAAUUCAAAUUAUUUUCUAUUAGUAGGUAAAUAAUUUUAAACAAUUAAAAAAAAAAGAUUCAUCGACAAAUCCCCCUUUUAGACAACCGAAUUAUGGUUAAACAAAAACAGUAACCAUAAACUAUCGUGUAUGCUUAAUAGUUAAAUAGCUAGGAGCUUUCGCGAUAAUUCAAUAGUUAUUAAUGACUAGGUAUCAUCAAAGAGUUAUUGUCACACGGUGAUAGUAACUCACCGUGUGAACGCAUAUAAAUAUCGUUUUAUACUUUACUGCCGUAACGACACAGACGUUUCUAUAUCUAAAUUCACUAAAUUAUCACUCUUAUACAUCAUCGUGCGCUAUACCUGUGAUAGUUGCUAUUGCGAUAGUUGCAGUAUAGACUAUCUCCACGUGGACCAGGCUUAAGGCGUGCAUAAAUAAUGAAUUAUUAGGUAUAUAGCUUACAAUAUGUCAUUAACAUUUCCCCUUCGAGUCUAAAAAAUUAAAAAUAUUGUAGGUACCUAUAUACAUUAUUCAAUAUUAUUAUCUAUCUACGUAAAUAUCAAAACUAUUAAAAAUGUUAAUAUUACAUCGCAAUCCAAAAAUAUUGAACAGAUUAUUUUCAUGGCCUUAUUAUUAUUAUUAUUAUUAUUAAUUUAAUGUUGCACAAACAUAAAUUACAGUGAAUUAAAAAUAUAUAGGAUGGUCUAUGCGUUUUUAUUAUGUUAGAUGACUUACGAAAGUGAAUAAUUAUUAAAAUAACAAUUAUCUAAACUAUUAUUAAUUAUUACUGAAGAAUAAUUUAUUUUAAAUAAGUAGUCUGAAAUUAAUAUAUUAUACCACUCCAGAUUCACUGCAGUACUACUGGAAUUAAAAUAUAAUAUUAUAAUUAUUAUACGUAUGGUAUACAUUAAUACGAUAACUGCAGCCACUAAAAUAUUAUUAAAUGAGUAUGAUUAAUAAUUAACAACGGCUACAGUUAUAUUUUUUAAAAUUAAUAUCCGAAAUUAAAAUAUUAAUUUAUAUGGUCGAGUUGAGAUUACAAAUAUGGAUAUUCAAUUGAAAAACAUCGACAAAUCUAUAUUCAAGUACAUAAGGCGUGAUACUUAUUAUAAUAAUAUUAUGGUAUUAAAUUUAAUUGUCUUCCCCCUCGUCAAAUACCGGUAUAAAAAUCAGAAUACAGAAGAAUAUAUUUGUUGUACUUUAUUAUAUUUGUAUAUCUUUAUUAUGUACAGAGUGAUUUUUUUAUCAUGAACCAACAAAUUAUCUCAGAAGAUUUUAAGUGAAUUUGAUUUCUGUUUUUUCUAAUCAUUACGGAAUCGUUUAAGCUUUAUUUUUAAAACCGUUUUUAACCUUUUACCCUUACUCCAUAUACCUUAAAUAAGUGUAUACCAUUGAUUUUCAAACAGGAUCCCCCUUUUGAACACAGAUUUGAAUAGAAAAUAUAUUUCUAGAAAUUUUGAUAUGCAUCACAGUAAUAUCAGAUUUACCGUUUAUGAGUUAUAACAGUUUAAAAUUUAGACCGAAGGAGUAAAGAAGGGCAGUAAACUGCCUAUCUACAACCUAUCUAUCUGUAAAAGGUUAAAAAUAGUUUCAAGAAUAAAGCUUAAACGAUUGCAUAAUCAUUAGAAAAACAGAAAUCAAAUUCACUUAAAAUCUUCUGAGAUAAAUGCUGGUUUGUGAUAAAAAAAAUCACCCUGUAUAGUUAAUUUAUAUUUGUACUGCAUUCCUACUGGACGUUUAUUAUUUAUAAAUAAAUACAUAAAAAAUAAUACAAUUUUCAAAAUUUUAUAUAAAUGUUAAUUAAAUAAAAUUAUUAAAAACUAUUAUUCCCCUUACCCAUGGAUUCGCCACUGGGAACGAAUUAAAAAUUUAAUAGCAAAAAGUUGUAGAAAAAUAGUAUAAAACAUAAAGUAUACCUAAUAUGCUCAGACAUUUUGUUUUAAUCAGAUAGGAGACAGCCCCAUGCAUGUAUUUUUUUAAUUGUUGAAGAACAUAAAAAUUGUAUAAAUUAUUAAUAAAUUUAAACUAAUGUUAACGUUAAUUUUUAAUAUUUUACAAAAUCAUAGGUAUGAUUACACUGUAUGUUUAGUACAUAUACCUAUACCAAUGGUGCAACCAGGGUUUUUUGUCAUAUUAUGUCUACAUUUAAAAAAAAACACGUUUUCACCACAUUUAUAUGAAUUAAACUCGGAUGUAGGGGAUUGUUCAAACGCCUAAAACAGCUCUCUGGUUGCGGACACUGACCUGUACGUUUCGAACGUUUUUAAUUAUUUUAUUCGGUAACAUUUCCUUAAAUUAUUGGUCAUAUUGAUGACGAUGAAUCUUAUGCACGAUCUUCACUAAAAAUGUAUGUUUACAUUUACCAGUUACUAAUAAGAAGUCAUUCUCGAAGUUUGUACGAAAAAUGUUCUAACUUCUUUGAGAUGUGCCACGAGAGAGGGGUGACUCGUAGAUUAAAUUUAGCUAUAGCUGACUCAGAAGUCUGUGCAAGCCUAUGAUUACAGAAUAUAGUUAAACGCUUUAAUAUAUGUAAUAGUAAGUGCAUUUUGUAAUAAUAUUGAAUUUAAUUAUCUAUGUAAACAAUUAAAAGUUACAUAAAAUUAAAACCAAAAUAAAAUUUAAAUGGUAACAUAAUUUACAAAAUGCCAAAAAAUGUCCGUAUAAAAAGGCAAGUCAAUUUACUUGAUAAACCUAACCAACUAAAACGCUACACGAAAAAUUGAAAACGUUUUUGAACAAGAAAACGUUAAACGAAAAAAAAAUGAAAACAUUUUCGUGCAAUGGAAUUUUCCUAUACAUUUUUACUCCCCGAUUUUAAUAAUAUAUAUAAUAAAUAAACAAAUUAUUUGGGUAGAAAAAAAAUAUAUUAAACAGGUUUACAGGUUUAAUCAUUCAAAAAUCAAGAACACGAAUUAUAAUUUUUCAAUAAUUUUUAUAUUUUACUUCAGAAGUAAAUUUACCUUUAGUUUGAUAAAACGUAUAACUGCAAAGAUGCAAAAAUGGGUGUUUGAUUCCAUUCCCCUCCCGUUUACGCUCAAGGAUGCCGAAAAAUCACCAAUUGUAAUUAUCUAUGGGUAAGUGGUAAAAAAACAAAACUGAUUCGCCAAUUCGCCCCUCCCUCCCUAAGAGGAUGACUAAAUACACCCCUGGUCUUAGGCAAUAUAUAUAUAUAUAUUUAAGUUUCGACAGUAACCAGCAAUAUAUUUUAAAUUCAGUGUUGUUGUUGUUAUUAUUGUUACAUUAAACCUAUGUUUAUUUUAUCUUUUACGUUCGAUUUUACAGGUUCCUGGCAAAUUAUAACGAGAUGGCACGCUAUUGGAAUCAUUUUUUCAGUAAUGGAAUAUUUAUAGUUGUGAUGGUGAGUACAGAAUAUUAGUCUAUUGUCGUUAUUAUACUAUGCUGAAAAAAUAACAAUAAAAAAAUACUAAAACCGAAUUCUGGAUGCCGCACAUUCACUGCAUCCAAGAGUAUUGAAUUGAAAUCGUUACAAAUCGAGCAAUCGACAACGUAAGGGUAAUGUGCGUUAUGCAUUGUUAUUGCAUUCAAUUAGUAUUCAAAUUCUGGUAGUAUAGGCCGUAGCGCAAAAUAUCCCAGUAUGAAACAAUUACACAAUAAUCUUUGUGGUGUUUGAGCGCAUUAUAUCUGGUAAUUGUUUAUAGCCAACUAUUGUUUUACAAUUAAAUCCUGGUCCGAACGAUGAUAUCGCAAUCUUGAUAGUUAUUAAUUAUUAUCAUCAAUUAUUGUCUUACGAACAGUUCGACAAUAACUAUUUAACUAAACCACGAAAGGAACUAUCGCACUAUUAUACACGCAUAACAAUUACUAUCGUAACAAUUGUACAACAUGGGAACAUUAUAUAGCGACUAUCGUUCUAUUUUACUGUCACGUACUCAUGUCCCGCUUUCAUAAACGUUUCUACAGAAGUGUAGUAUCACUCUACCAUUUCAACGAUGGCAUAAAAUCGUUUAUAAUAUACACGGAUGUAUAAUUAGUAGUAGGCAUUUAAAACAGACGGUUCGUUACACUUACCAUUUUACGAUUUAGUUCUACAAUCAAAAUGUUAAUAUUGCCGGUCAUUUUUUUUUAUUUCUCAAAAUAUAAAUCACGGUUUAAAAAUAAUAAUAUUAUGUACCAGCAAUGUAAAUAAAAAAAAAUUUAAGAUUAUAAUUUAUUGAAUAAUAUGUGAAAUAAUUAACUAUUGCAUAAAAUAAAACUAAUUACGAAUACAAAAAAAUUUUUGUUUGAAUAAAAUAUGUAGAAAAUGGCGUAAAAAAAAUAUAUAUUUUCCAUUUUACCAUAAUAAUAUUUCUAUACCGUAUUCUCGUACUAUCAUACAGGGCGUAAAACACUGUAACAUAUUUUAAAAACGAACAAAAAAAAUUUGUCAGAAGUGGGAUUCGAACCCACGCCCUCAGAUGAGGACCAGAACGCUCAAAUCAAGCUUACAUAGUAGGCCAAGGGGAACCUUGAGUCUGGCGCCUUAGACCGCUCGGCCAUCCUGACAUGUUCAAACGAUUAAUGAUUCGAGCUAUGUAUGCGGUUGUAAUAUUUUUAUUGUUAUUAGCAAUUACUUAAAAAUUCGCGUGACGCAAAUAAAAGUAAAUCUAUUCCGGGAAAUUUAUUUUUAAAAUAAAUACAAUAGGAAUAUAAUUUUGUUACAUAAAUAAUGAAAAAGAAAACUCACGUAACAAAGUAUACACAUAUAUCGCCCACAUAAAAAGUCAUGAAAACAAAUUUUUUUCAUUCGUUUAUAAGUUGGUUAUAAUGGUACCGUUAUUGUUAUUUAUAUGAUUUUUUUUUAUCUCACCUUUUUGUUAUCAAUUGUUAUCAAAUUUGUUAUAAAUUCAUACACGAUAACGCUAUAAUGAACAUUAUUAUCGUUAUUUAAAUGAAACGUUUAAUUCGAGAUUAUUAUACGAACAGCAGUGAACAAUAUCUAAACGUGCGGGAUUUUCGUUAUUUAAUUGCUACACAAAUACGGGCUUACUUUCACUAUACGUUAUAGUUAAUAUUUACAUCAUAUUACAUUGCUAAAACGUUUUACAUUUCGUACAAAUCUAAACCUAUAAACAUUCAAUCACAAAAUAAUAUAGAUCCCAAGUACAAUUUCGUGAAAAAAUAUUACACGCAGAAUAGCCGUCUUAUCAUUAACUAACAACUAUCUACAAUUCUGAAUAAAUUUGAUUUUGAUUUUUUAAAUAAUUUAUACAGCAAUAUUUAUAUCGAAAAAAAAAUACAUGUUAUUUGUCAAUGAUAUUUUCAAUAUUUACCCUCUUUCCGUAUACCAACCAGGUGAUUAUUUUAUCGUUGAACCCUAUUUUUAAAAACUUAAGAACCAAAUAGUUCUAAAACGUUACAUUAUCAUUUUAUUUUUUUUUUUGUCACCCUUAUUUUCGGGGGUAAACAACCUACUUUUUAUUUUCAAAUGGAAACUUAUAUCGAGAAUACCUUAAAUAGAUGAAUUAUUAGUUGAAAUAGUUUUUGGUUUAGUUAUUUUCGGUGUUUAAAUUUUUAAUUUCCGUCAAUCUGUUGACGAAAUAAUCCAUUUUUAAGUUUGGGUAGGGGGAGAGUGGUGUAUCAUUGUUUAUGUGGCGGCACGACGAGCGGCGUUUCAAUAAUCACCACUAUUCACUAAUCAACACUCUUCUUACCCAAACUUAAAAGUGGAAUAUCUCUUCAAUGAAUUGAUGGAAAUUAUUUAGGUUUUAUUUAUAAUUUUAAAUUCAGGAGAGUUUCGGUUUUAUAAAAUAUAUUAAUGUAGGGUCGGGCCAGGCUGACUUUUCAUUUGAGGGGACGAACCGGCUGGGUCUCAAAAUAUAGACUCACGUAGAACUCUAAUACCUUUACAAAUUGUAUAAUAAACAUGUUUUUUUUUUUUUUUUAUAGGUAGCUUUACUGUUUAAAAACGGAGUAUCUCAUAAAGAUUUUAUUUCAGAACCCACAUCAAAUAGAAUAGUUUGCGCAGAUCACUGGAGUUGCACUAAUUGUACAAACGCAUCGCCGUGUAGUUGGUCCAUCAAUAAACAAAAGUGCUACGUUAACACGGUGACCGCUAAUUUGACUGAAAAUCUAAUGGUAACCCAUGGAUCCCUUUGCCCGAAUUUCACAGUUGAGACGAGCAGGAAAGCUGGGUGUAAAGCAAUGGUGACGAUUUCUAACGAUCGAACUGGUUUCACCGGUUUAUUGAAAAAAAGUAAACUUGUGUGUCAGAUUGAUGAUGAUUAUUUCAAUGCUAAAGUUGACAAAGAUAUAAUCUAUUGUUCCGACGAACUCGCGGCCAAUAAAACUCUGGUUCGGAAUAUCAACGAUCAAGUAAAGAUAUCUUAUUUAUCAGUCAUUUUCGACGAAAAUCGAUUGGUAUUUGACAAUCUUCGUCAACACUACGUGAAAAUAAAUAACGGUAAUGUUUGCGGAAAGGUUUCGUGUAAGGCUUGUAAUUGGAACGAUUAUCAUAAUAUGGUACAUUGUGUGAGAUGUUCGGCGAACGAUACGUGCCCGAAGAGUAGAGAAUAUCAGUACUGCGAUAUUAGGAAUCUGUCAGAUCAACAAAUGAAUACUAAAAAUUUGACAAUAGCAAUUGAAAAUACAUGUAACAUAGUUAUCAGGUCGUUUGAACCGGUACGUGGACCGUGGACUGAAGCCACGAACAUACGGAUCGACCUAUACAACCACACAAUGCUGUUCAAUAACGACGGAAUGCCUGUUGAGAUCGCGGUGGCUGGACAAAACUGUUUUUCCAUCAAAUCGUUUGGAAAUGGUACAGUCAGUUGUAAAUUACAACCAAACGGUAAAAUUAACAGCAUGAAUGAAGGGCCGGUAAUAGUUACAUUUCAAGCAGCCAAAUUUAGUCGAAUCUUUUUGAAAUUCCAAUCCGACAGCAAUUUUCAAUUCCUCGUCCCGAAAAUUACUAACUUAGAACCAACUUGCGGUUCCGCAUAUCGCAGUACACAGCUGACCAUUAAUGGAGAGUUCUUUGGCUCAAAAAACGAAUCGCGAGUAAUGAUCGCGGACAACGUGAGUUGCAAGAUAGAAUUCCAGAGUGAAAAUCAAGUGAAGUGCAUAACGGGUACACCUUUAUUAGUCACCAAUUCAAACCAGCUGACCAACAAAACAAGAAGCAUGGUACCGAAUCUACUGUCAGGCCGAGUUAAGCUCAUUGUCGAUAAUUAUUCGGUCGAAUACAAAGAUACUUUGUUUAGGUUUGUGGCCGACCCGAUGGUGACUUCUGGUCAAAAUUUCAGUGGCUUCGUGUCCGGAGGUACCAACCUGCUGGUUCGAGGGCAAAGUUUCUCUUGUUUAACAAAAGCCAAAAUUUGUAUUGGCGACAGUAUCAACUGUGUACGCCACUACGGUGGUUGCCAAGUUUUGAAUGACACGUACAUGUCAUGCCUGUCUCCCAAAUUCGAGCCUGUAUUUUCCACACAAAAGAUAAAACCCAUACGUUUUCAAGCCUAUUACCACAAAGAUGUUAAACCGGUUGAGUUUAUUUUACCACCAGACUCGGCCCCCUUCCACUUAUAUCCAGACCCGAUUUUCGUGGAUUUUACCAUGGACGGCUGCUGCAACGUCACAAUCAAUGGUUUGAACCUUGGAAUCGGUUACACAACCAAAGACUUGUCCGUCCGACUUAUUGAUAACUCUACUGUGUGUUUUAACAUUUCGAUGACUACUAAUCAAAUCUCUUGUGAGUUUCCUCCAUCAGAUCCAUACUCGCAUGAUAAUAUUUCCAUCACAAUAGGUAACAGUCUGACGACGUAUAUCGUAACGAUGAAGUUAACGCAACUAGGAUAUUUCAAUAGUAUCACAUUUUCAAAUCUCUCGCCGAUCGUCUUAAUCAUAGCCAACUCAAUAUUUGCAUUCAUAGUAUUAUUUUGUUUGGUCGUUUUUGGUAUGUAUACCACAAUGAAAUACGACUUGUUAACAUCGCAUCGUCGUCAACAACAAUCUCGACCCAUCGUGAAAGUUUCAAGAAACCGGAAAGAACUAUCCAAAGAUGACCAUGAUGAAUUAUUAGAAAAUACGGCGUUAAAAAGUUUUUUUGAAGAUCCAUAUUAACACAUUUCCGAACUACAAACUAUGGAUAAGCAAGUGCAAUAAUUUGAUUUCAAUAAUAUAUUGAAAUUAUGAUUUUAACUUGUAAUUUAUUACAUAAUACGUCUAAACCAAACUUUUUGCAAUAUUUUUAUUUCUCUCGGAGUAAAAACAAUAUUUCGUUGAUGAAGUUUACUGUUUACAUAAUUGUUACAAAAUAGUGCAUAUAAUACAUUAUGCGCAUAAAUUGUGUACUAUGAUUACUACAUUGUAUUAUAUUAUAUAUUUCUAAGCCCAAAUAUUUGGAACAAAAGCCGAAGACGCAGUGAAAAGAAUUUUUAAUAAAUGUGUACAAUAAUUAAUAAUUAUUAUUAUGUUAUGCAGGGUGUCUUAAAUUGUAUGUAAUUUAAAAUUUUUUUUUAAAAUAAUAUAUAUUGAAAUUGUAUAGGAUUACGGAAAACGGAAUUCAAAUAUCUGAAAUCCUUCAU